CCACACUGUGUGUGGAGGAAAUUAUGAACGGCAUUCCGAGUAACGACAGCAGCACCCACCCGGUGGCCACACAAGCUGCACGCAAGAAGCUCUCAGCCCGCCCCUAGAUGUCACCCUGGAUGAUGGCCUGGUGCACCCCUCCUGGAGAGGGCAGACAACCUCGGGUGCUGUCGUGUCGUUCGUCAAGCUGCUCCGCUCGCCGCACACCAACGUGGCAUGCAGAGCAAGCCGUGUGGGCGCCGGGAAACACUGCUGGCGAUGGCCCCAAACUCAGAGACUUCGUACACUAAGGCUGGCAUUGUACAACGUCUUCUGGAACUCAUUAGACCAGACAAAGAGACUGCCGAGAUCAACGAGGUGGACCGCCUGGGCCAGAUGACUGAGGAGUGCGGCGGACUGGACAAGACUGAGGACUGCAGCACCACGACAACGAGGCCGUGUACGAGAAGGCCCUGGAUGGAUAUCAUCGAGAAGUGUUCCGGCGAGGAGGAGGGCCCCGAGGUGAGCAGCCCCACCAGUGGCCAGGCGUACGACUUCUCUGCCGUGAACAACGUGCCUGAGGGUGGAUUCUCUUUCUAGGACUUCAGUGUGUGUGUCUGGCAAGGGAGGAGCAGCAGCAGGCAGGGUGUGUGUGUUCCACGGCGGAAUAAUGUGAUAAUGUAUCUAACCGUCAAUCUCACUUGUCUAAGUGACCUCUGCAGCAUGUUUUACUGGGCCUUCAGUGGACCCGCUGGUGCCUCAAUGUUUUACUGGGCCUUCAGUGGACCCGCUGGUGCCUCAAUGUUUUACUGGGCCUUCAGUGGACCCGCUGGUGCCUCAAUGUUUUACUGGGCCUUCAGUGGACCCGCUGGUGCCUCAAUGUUUUACUGGGCCUUCAGUGGACCCGCUGGUGCCUCAAUGUUUUACUGGGCCUUCAGUGGACCCGCUGGUG